UCUACCCCGCAUACAGCGUGCGGUCCGGCGGUCCGAGCCCCUUCAUCUGGCUGCGUUUUACUGAAAUCAGCGCGUGAAUAAAAGCGGCGGAGCGCGCGCUGUCGGUGUGAUUGAUGUGUGCGGGUUGCGGUUCCGUUGCGGAUGCGGAGGAUGUGAUGUGAGGAUGUGAUGUGAGGAUGCAGCGGGAAGAAACGCGGAGGGAGCGGAGCCGGACUGAGCUCCAGAGAUAAGCAGAGAGGCCGUCCAUUUUGUCAGAGAAGCAGAAAAAAGCAGGAGAUGGAAUUACAGCAUAAUCUGGAGGAAAGAUGGAAGAACGCGCGCGCUGUGCCUUAAAAACGGGAUGAGUGUUUGGGAUGCGCUGCUGGUUUUGUUGCUGUUGAUUCGGAGAAAAACGGAACCGAGAAUGAUGAAGCUGCUGCAUCUUCCUCAUCCUCAUCCUCAUCACUCUGCCCUGAAGCGCGCGCUCAACUCUUCUGAUCUCGGAUUAAAUCCGCACAAACCCGGGUUUAACCCGGGACUGUAAAAUCGGGAGGAGGAUUGUGCAUCACUGCAGACUUUAUGAAGUGGCCUAGUGUGCAUCAUCUAGUGUGCACAGACCUGCAUCCUGAAGCAUCACCUGGCCACUCUCAGAAGAAAAGGUCAAAGGUAAACUCCAAUUAAAGGUGCAUUUCUGUUACUGUUAAUUAGGAGCAUAUUGAAUUAAGGCACAUAUCUGGGUCUCAAGGUCCACUUCAGUGACUGAUAUCAAGAUACCCUUCACUCUGACGUGCUGGAAUUAAAGUGACAUCCUGAAGGUUUGGAAGUAUGAGGUCCAUAAUAAUGGACGUCACACCUGAGCGCUGAUCUCACCUGAAACUGGCCACACUGUAUGAAUCUUUUAAAGGGAAAUUUCAUUGCUGUUGGAAUUAAAAGGGACCUGUUAAAGGUUCCUGUCCACUUUUACAGAGUGGCCCAUAAUCGAGAUCACACCUGAGCGCUGAUCUGUAUCUCACCUGACGCUGGACGCAUCGUUAAUGAGAUCCGGCUGCCGUGGGAACGUGUGCAUCCGUUAAAGGGAAACUCAGACCUGGCUGUGACUAUAUAUGGAGACGUCCAGGGUUUCAUUCGUUUAUCUUUCAUUGAUACAAAGCACAGAACUGAUCACCUGAGGGUUCAGGGUUCUUCCUAAAAACUGACUUUAUGGCAGUGGGUCUCGAACACACAACCAGCCAUCUGAUGAAUAGCACAGAAACAUAACCACUUAUCACUGUUCCAGAAUCCAGUGCUGCUGGAACUCGGUGCUUCCUCCAUCGACUGUAUCCUCGUCUCGUUUUAUCGUCCUCAGGGUUAAGAAAAAAAAAAGAACAGUGGUGGAUUUUUGCACUUUCUCCCUCUCGGACUUCAGACACUGUGCUGGAUGCAUUUGUAGUGCAUGACCUCUGAUGACCCCAGUUACACUCCGGAGUGCAUUCCAGAGAGUGUGUGAGUGUGUGUGUGUGUGUGUGUGUGUGUGUGUGUGUGUGUUCCCUAGUGCUGCUGGAGGACAAUUUGGAUUAAAACCCUACGAGACUUUGAUUACUGACGAAGAGGAGGAGGAGGAGGAGAUAUGAGCUCUGGAUGGUGGUGAUGAUGAUGAUGCUGGAUACACAGAAUGCGACUCAGGAGCUGGGGGAGGAGGUGGAGGACGGCGCCGUGUUCUCCAUCUCGGUGCGCAGGGUGCAGGUGCAGCCGUCAGUCAGUAAGGGGCAGCGCUGGCUGGGCGUGGACUCGGACUCAGCGCUGAGUCUGUACGAGACGAGUAAACUGCGCACCAUUAAGGCGGGAACGCUGGAGAGGCUGGUGGAGUACAUGGUCUCCUCCUUCAGAGAGAACGACUCCACCUACGUCACCAUCUUCCUCUGCACAUAUCGCUCAUUCACCACCACCAACCAGGUGCUCGACCUCCUGCUCAACAGAUACGCUAAACUGCAGCACCUGCCGGGGUCAGAAGGUCACAGACUCACGCAUGACGACCGCACCGAGCUCAGGAACACCAUCUCAUCGAUCCUGGGAGCGUGGCUGGAUCAGUACUCGGAAGAUUUCUGGAAACCGCCAGAAUACAGCUGCCUCAGACGCCUCAUCUCCUACCUGCACGUCAACUUCCCCGGAUCAGACCUGGAGAGACGAGCGUGCAACCUGCUGGCACAGUUCCACCGCAGACUACAGCAAGAACCCGAGCCUGAGGUGCUGGAUCACGGGUCGUGUCCCUUCUCCCUCCUGGAGGAGAACGGCUAUGAGGACGAUCGGCCAGACUUCCUGACCUUUGACCCCACAGUAGUGGCCGAACAGUUUACGCUCAUGGAUGCGGAGCUCUUUAAGAAAGUGGUACCGUAUCACUGUUUGGGCAGCAUCUGGUCUCAGAGGGACAAGAAGGGGAAAGAACAUCUGGCUCCCACCAUCCGCGCCACCGUCACUCAGUUCAACUGUGUGACCAACUGUGUGAUCUCCACCUGCCUGAGUGACCGCACACUCAAACACACACACCGCGCCAAAGUGCUCGAGCGCUGGAUCGAGGUGGCACGGGAGUGUCGUAUCUUGAAGAACUUCUCGUCUCUGAGGGCGAUCCUCUCAGCGCUGCAGUGUAACGCUGUCCACCGGCUCAAGAGGACGUGGGACGAGGUGUCGCGAGAGAACGUACGCAUCUUCCACGAGCUCUCUGAGAUCUUCUCCGAUGAGAACAACCACUCGCUCAGUCGAGAGCUGCUCAUUAAGGAAGGAACGUCCAAAUUUGCAACGUUAGAGAUCAACCCGAAGAGAGCACAGAAGAGACAGCAGCAGCCCAGAGACCUGAGUGUGAUGCAGGGCACCAUCCCAUACUUGGGCACCUUCCUCACAGAUUUAGUGAUGAUGGACACUGCCAUGAAGGACUACGUGGACGGUGGCCUGAUUAACUUUGAAAAGAGGAGGAAGGAGUUUGAGGUGAUCGCUCAGAUUAAGCUGCUGCAGUUGGCAUGUAAUAACUAUAACUUCAGGAAGAACGCUCGCUUCAGAGAGUGGUUCAGCAGUGUGGAGAAACUCACAGAGGCUGAGAGCUACAGUUUAUCGUGUGAGAUUGAGCCUCUGUCCGAGUCGGCCUCCAACACGCUGAAGGCAAAAAAGAACCCAGGAAUCAUCAAACGCUGGAGCGAUCGUCAGCCAGUGAGUUCUUCUGAAGCGAGCUGCAGCAGUGCAGGAAGUUCUCACUCCAAGUCGUUCGAUCAGUUGCGCUACCCGUCGUGUUUGAGCAGCGGAGGAGGGGGAGGAGCGGAGAGAGACGACAGGAGAGGAGAGCGAGGAGGAGAAAGAGGAGACGACUCACUCAGUGUCACCUCCGCCGGCUCCAGCAGCUCAGACGUGGAGGAGAUCAACAUCAGCUUCAUCUCUGAUUCCCCCGACACGCACGAGAAAAAGACAUCAACGCCGUGUGUAAAACAUUCCCACUCUUCAUUAGGGAAGUGCGGCGCGAUUGGAGAUCUGACACCCACGUUUUGGGAGUCCACGUCUCUCUCGUCUCUGGACGCUGCGUCAGGUUCAGGCUCCAGCAGCACCUCGUCCUCCUCGGUCUCGUCCACUCCUCACACGUCCACUCCGCACUCGUCCUCCCGCUCGCACAAGCGCUCUGUCUCGGGCGUGUCCAGCUACUCGUCCCUCUCUCUGCCUCUCUACAACCAGCAGGUGGACGACUGCUGCAUCAUCAGAGUGAGUCUGGACGUCGAGAACGGCAACAUGUACAAGAGCAUCCUGGUGACAAGUCAGGAUAAAACCCCUGCAGUGAUCAGGAAGGCGAUGGUCAAACACAACCUGGACCGAGAGAGACCUGAAGAUUACGAACUGGUGCAGAAAAUCAGUGAGGAUAAAGAGCUGAAGAUUCCAGACAACGCCAACGUUUUUUACGCAAUGAACUCGUCGGCCAACUAUGACUUCGUCUUGAAGAAGCGCGGCUUCCCCCGAGUGAGUCGCACCAAACACGUAGCGAGCUCUACGCUGCCCCGCAUGAAGCAGAAAGGCCUGAGGAUCGCUAAAGGCAUCUUCUGAAAACUCAAACUCCCAUAAUCCCACAGGGCUUGUGGAUACGUCACUGAGGUCAAAGGUCAAGCCCUAAAGACUGGGAGGGAAAUAAAGUCACUGCCAGCUCAGGGGAGGCCGUUUACUCUCGGCUGUGGUUGUGCGCUUGUGUUUGUUUACAGACUCCCGAGAGCCGCCUUCUAGCCAUGAGGUCACUUCCUGUGCCGUCUGAGAGGGGGCCAUUUCCUGUGUCGCUAUUAAAAGGGUCACUUCCUGUGCUGAUUCUGAGGUCACUUCCUGUCAAGUGCUGUGUUGCAGACAGCCUUCACUGCCAGAUUCAGGACGAUUCGGAGCAGUGGACAUGUGACCUGGCGUUACUUUUAAAUGGGUCCCCCUGCAAAAAAAAAAAAAACGCUUAAGGUUCUGAGCGAAGUUUCAGAAAGUUUGUUGUGGUGAGAAGCGAGUGGAACGUUUAUCUUGGUGUGCAAGAUUUAUUUUUUUUUUGGCCAAACAUCACAGAGCCUAAAGAGAUGAUCAAACAUGUCGAGCCUUUUUGGACUUUUUUGAGCUCUCGAAAUGAGAAAUGAAGAUAUUUUUGUCUUGUGUCUAUGAUAAUGUGUCUUUUUUGUUAAAAAGGGCAUUACAGCUAACAACAAACACUCCACUCACACGACUAUUCUCCGUGUCCUCCGGACUGUAAGACGUAAUUUACAGUUUUUGGCAGAUGCUGUGACGGGAACACUCAGAUUUAAACAAUGUAAAAUAUCCACCUUGUUUUUAGCGUAGCGAACCAACAGGCUUGAAUUGUUUGUCACUUUGGUUAUUACUGCUAGCUUUUUUAAUUUCAGCAGCAUUAUUUUAAAUCGCUGUUAGCCUGGCGAGGUAGCUGUGUAAGCAAACUUUAAAUAUACCUGCUGAUCACACGAGAUCAUAAGUGCCACUGCUACCGCUAGGUCUUCCACACGUUUCACUUACAAAACAGGAAGUAUGAUUGAUUUAUUACUGACUUCUGAAUUUUGAAAAUAAGGUGGAUAUGGUAUACAGGAACACUAUGUGAGCAUAAAACUAAAACCCCUUGAGGAACUCACAGGAGAUAGUUUUAUUUAUCAUCAUGAGCAAUUCAAGAUUUUGGCAUUAAACAUACCAUAUAAUGACUUGUUGGUAAAGAAGUGCUAAAUUACAGUAACACUAAUGGGAUAAAAGCUACACAUGCUUUAACCAGACUGUGCCACUAGGGGGAGUUAAAGUACCAGUACAAACACUACGUAACGUAAAAACACAAUGUUGAUAAAUUGAUUUUGUUUUAUACUUGAGAGCGACUUACAGUCCGGAAAAUACGGUGUUGUCCUCAUGUCUCGUUUUUGAGUAUUAUCGUCUUCUGCGUGUUUUUUCCUUUCCUCUAAUUGGUGCUAACUAACGCUGAGGUCAUCCUGCAGGUGAACUCGCUAUCAUUUUACAGCCUCAUGACGCUAAAGGAGCUGGAUGGAUGACGCUAAGCCUGUGGGGGUCAGAAACAUGUCUGUGGCAGGAAAAAAAAAAAUUGGAAAAAAAGAAAGGUAACACGAAUGUUUUCCAGGAUUAAAGUUACAAGCUAGCUUAAAUUUCUAAAAAUGUGAAAAACUUUUUUCUUUAUGGAGAAUUUUGAAUUUUUUUCUGUUUUUUUUUGUAAAAAAAAAAGACUUAAUACGUUACGUGAAAUUUUACAUUAACAUAUUAUGAAUUAAUUAAAAACUUAACAUAUCGUGAAUGUAUCAUAUCACUACGACGUGCGUCCUUACGACUCACGUUUUGACCAAAAUGUCUGUCGUCAUGGCGAUGACCCCUGCUAACACGCUAGCAUGCUACUCAAAGAGAAAAGUGAGUGCUGAUAUGAUCAGUCACGAGGAGCGAUGACCUGUGCUCUGGUUACGGUGAUUUAUUGUCAAGUCUCUCCGACCUGCGUGAUUGGACGAUCUGGAAAAGAGGAAAUGAAGACGAAAAAGUGGAAAGAAAGUGUCACUUUGUAAAUUUACAUUUUUUUUCAUGGAAAUGUGGAACAGAAAAACAAAAUUCACUGACAUUAAUCACAAACCUUAGGAACAUGAAACACACUAAUGUAGAACAUUUGUGAAAUAAUCUGUGACAGCGAGAGAGCGUCGCUUUGCACUCACUCCUGGAACUCGAGUAUGAUGUAAUCAGCUAGUUGUGAUGUCAUAAUGUUCAGAAGGUUUGUGGCUCUAAAACAUCAAGCUGACCUGGGGGCCAGAGUGGUUAUAGGCGUGUCCCUCACUGUUGGACUGCCCUCUGAUAAAGCUAUCUAAAAAUUAGACUCAAAUAUAUUUGUGGGGUAUUUUUUUGCAAGUGUACCAAAACCAUUAUAUAACCAAUACAGAUUUUUCUAGUUUUAUUAUUAUUUUGCAUACUGACACUUUAAAUAGUUUGGUACCAAGUAAUAGCUAAGCUAUUUUUUUAUGGCUGUGGCACAUAUUGCUUACCGCUGCUUUAAAUAGUGUGGCAAUAUAUAGUACAGUACUAUAACAUACUGCUACACUGGUAGCUAAGGUAGUUUUUUUUUUUAUUUGUUUGUUUUGCUGUGCACCAAGUUAAAGUUACAUACUGCCUCUUUAAAUAGUGUUUUGGCCAUUCCAUCUUGUUUUAAAUUGCCUGCUGCUGCUUUAAAUAGUGUGGCAGUGAAUAGUUCAGUACUGUAGGAUGCUGCUAUAAAUUGCUUACAGCCGCUUUAAAUAGGGAACACUAGUAUAGCAUGGCAGGAUUCUGCUACAGAUUGCAUGUUGCUGCUUUAAAUAGUGUGGCACUAAGUAGUACAGUAGUAUAGUGUAUUGUUACAAAUUGCAUAUUGCCGCUUUAAAUGGAGGGCAAUAGUACAGGACUGGAGAAUACAGCUACAAAUUGUGUACUACUUCUUUAAAUAGUGCACUAUGUAGUACAGUACUGAUACAGUAGCAGCCAGGCUAGGCUUUUCUGGCUGUCCCUGUACAGUUCUAUGGGAUUCUGCUACAAAUUGCAUAUUGCCACUUUAACCCUUGCGUGGUGUUCAUAUUUUUGUUACUCAGACAGUGUUGGUGGGUCUGCUGGACCCGCUGUAUUUUGGUGUUUUAAAUUCAACACAAACAAUUUUACAUUAAAUACUUAACAGAUGUUUACUUCACCCCAAUUACAAGCAACAUAAACAGCAUAUGGUUAAUAUUUGCCCUUUAUCUUUGUUAGAUUACAUUUAUUUAAAAAAAAAAAAGUGCUACUCAUUUUGUUUUUUUAAUAAAAUGUAAUUUUACAAAAAGAAAAUCAAUUACUGUCAAGAUAUGAGUGGAAAAAAAGACGUUUAUCUUCAAAUUUACAAAUGGAGCAAGGUUUUUCAUAACAACUGAUUUUUAUUUCUUAGAAUUUCAUUAGAAAUGUAACCCGUUCAGUUUACACAACACAAGCUGAACACAUACAGUAACCAUCGUCAGUCUGUACAACACAUCAUCCCCAUGCUCAUCUUCGUUUUGGGACUGGCUGAUGCUCCAUCUCAUCCUCUUCUUCAAAGUCACUGUCAGACUCUGAAUUUUCAGAAAUGUGAUCCUCAAGUUCUGAAACGUCUUCCUCUACAUCAUCAAAAGCUUCUCUCUCUUCCAAAAUCAUUUGCAAGUCCAUCUGAGCAGAGAAUCUUUUGGCCAUCUUCGUCAGUUGUGAUAAGGAGCCACAAUGGAAAAGCUAUAUUUAUUGUGUCCCACCCCCAAUUUACGGGGACUUCUGUCUCGGUUCCCGCAAGACAGAGGGUAAAAUGUGUAGGAAUGUGAGAGCAGACAGGUGUCGGUGCUUGAACGGCAGGGGCAGAAACACAAAACACACACACACACACUAGCAGCAGGCCCAGACAGGAGGAGGACAGAGUGAAGGUGCACACUUUUAUGAUCCCCGGGUCCAGUGGACCCGAACAUCCUGUAUGUAAUAUAAAUUGGGGGGUGGGGGUGUACAGUGUGUGGUCAUUGAAAAUGUGCUCUGACAUAUGUUCGUCACAGAAAAUGAGCCAAGGCCAAUGAGUCUGAGUUUGAAAAAAUAAUUAAUCGUAUCAUUGUUCCUUUGAUAAAAAAUGAAAACGGGUCCCAUAGACCCGAACACCAUACAAGGGUUAAGUAGUGUGGCACAGAGUAGUACAUCAUGGGUACUAUAAUGACAUCAUGUUUAGUACAGCACUGUGCAUAAUUGGACGUGUGUUUAGUCAUUCCUUACAGUGUUCUGAUUUUGGUGAUGAAUCAGAUAAACAGCUCUCUGCCCCCUCCUGGUGUGGAGAAUUAUUUCCAUUAAUAAAGGUCAGCUUGGUGUGUUACGGCCCUGAGAGAGAGAGAGAGAUGGAGGACAUUAUAUUAUGUUUUGGAGAGACGGAAGCUCUGGAACUUGAGCUGAAGCUGUGUCUGAAUCCUGUUCACUCCCUUUAAAGUCAAGAUGAGGCUUUCGGACCACACAUACACACACACACACCUACUGAGUUUUCAGCAACCGUUUGCCCUUUAGAUGGUGUGUGUGUGUGUGUGUGUUUGCAUGAAUUGUAAGUGGCAAAAAAGGGCCAAAGAUCUUACAGAUCAUUUUACAAAAAUAUCAUGAACAAUUAAAGACUCAUGAACACUGCCUGUUCACGAGAACACACACACUCACUCACUCACACUCAGCACGCUGGUGCCAUUGCGCGCUUUUACUUAAAAAGAAAAAACUAACAAUAUGAUAACAUGAUUUUUUAAGUUCAUUUUGUAAUUUUUGUACAUUAAAUGUUCAUUGUAGCUUUGCCUUUUCCUCUGUGUGUGUGUGUGUGUGUGUGUGUGUGUGUGUGUGUGUGUGUGUGUGUGGGCGCUCACUCCACUAUUUAUUAAAUUUGUAAAUACUUUUUUGCAGCAUUGUACAUUUUGUUUUCUCUUCUUUGUAAUUUACAAAUUAAUAUAUAUGUAAAUAUUGAGUAUAUACGGCUGCGAGGUUUAUACACCGCUGUAACUCCGAGCUCUCCAUUCACUUCUCAUACUCCGUUUGUCUCAUGUGGAUUUUUUUGUACGGCAGUUUUGAUUUUGAUAUCUCUCAUCCCCCCACCCCCCACCCCCCCGACUUCAUUGUUUCAAGUGUUGGAGAGAAAAAAACACCUAAUAAACAGAGUGUGUAAAAGAA